AUCUGACCUUCAUGGCGUGAAAUCCCAGUUUGUGCAUCUUUUCUCUUUCGUAGUGAUUUGCCUUCGCAUUUUUCGGUUCUAUAAUGUUUGCUGCCAUCGUCUCCGGCCGGCUAGUUCAAUCAGAUUUCGUUUGCCUCUCGGACAACAAAUUCAUUUUGCAGCUGGCUCCAUUAGACAAUGUUAACCAUAUAGUUGUGUUCCUAACAGGUGCGGCUGCAUUUCCUGCUGGCGUUGGUGGUGGAGUUUAUCUUGGUCUUGUACACAGUGGCCAACUUGUCUGGUAUUUUCUAGGUGUCCUGACGAAUGAGCGCCCUAGCGCCAUUUACAAGAUUGGAAACUUAAAGAAAAAUGGAAUCAUUACUUCGAGAUGCAGGAACAUUCGACCUAUGAAGUGUCACUCACUGAUGAAGACACGCGAUGACCAUUUUACAACAACCCAACGCGCAUUUUCAUGACUCAUGUCCUAAAAAACAGAAGCCAGUGGCGCCAGAAGCAAAAUAACGCUAGACAUGAGAGUGGUGGGUGCUACACCACGCACUGUGAUAAGAAAUGUGUUGUCGGCGUUGAGUAAGAAUGUGAUGGCCCAUAUGCCCAGACAAACAUCCUGUGUGAAAACUCUUCUGAAUCAUAGGAAAAGCGGUCGUUUACCGUGUACAAUAAACAUACAUUUCGAUAUUCCUGAGAACUAAUGCGUACUGGUGCUUCAUUAAUCAGGUGUGGAUGAUCCAAAGAGAAUUCUU